AAGAUAAAUAUAUUGAAACUACUAGAUUUGAUUUAUUUUUACUGAUGGCGGCGCCGAUGUUUGCUGUGAUUGUUGCUGGUAGAUUGGUUCAGACUGAUUUCCAGGCUAUUGAUAGUACAAAGUUUGUUACAAAUAUUGUUGAUGCUGACAAUGUUAAUCACAUAGUGGUGUUUUUAACUGGUGUUCAACCUUUCCCUGAUGGAUUAGGGGGAUCAGUGUACUUUAGUUGGCCAGAUCCUACAGCAGCUCCAACUUGGCAAUUUCUAGGUUUCGUUUCAAAUGCAAAACCAAGUGCAAUUUUUAAAAUAUCAAAGCUAAAAUCAGACACAAAUAUCACUACACCUUUUGGUAUACAGCCAAUAUCUCAUGUUGCGCAAAUCGGGAUCUCUGUAGAACCUUUGCAGCAAAUUCAAUUGCAGACACCUAUUGCCACAAGCACUCCUUCCAAUAUGGACUCUUUCCUUGAAUUCACGAAUAAAAUGCUUGAAAACUUCGUCAAUUACAUAGCUUCCUUUGCCGUAACCCCUGCUCAAAUACUGCCGAAUACUUCUGAAAACUUUGUACCCCUCAACACUGUCCAGCAGUGGUACACGAACUUUCAACGGCGACUGCAGCAAAAUCCUAAUUUUUGGAAGAGUUGAUUUUCAUCAGUGAGAAAGGAAGUGAUUAUUUGUUUUUUAAGGUCUAAAUUAAUUAUCUGCUAAGUUUGGAUUAUCAGCUUUAAGAUCUAAGCUGAUCCUGAUUUCUUGAAAACUAUUUUUGUCUGUGGCAAUUGAAAAUACUUUUCUUUGGAAUUACUUGUCUCGUUUAUUUUAUGUGCUGGAAAAAUUGCUUACUGAUUAUUUAUUUUUGUUUGUGUAAUUGUUUGCUCAAAAAAAUGUAUAUAAAAACAUUUUUUUUUAAAAUUUGUGCUUAAUUUUUAUAAGGGAGCUUUUUAAAUUAUAAAAGAGUUGAAUGUUUAUUUUCUACAUACAUUUAAACUAAGCUUUUCCUUGUUUAUCACUGAGUUCUAAGAUUUCUUCAGAUAACUUUUGGAAGCUCAGACACUAUGUCAAAUAGUUAUUUCCUCUCUGAUAUGCCUAUUUUGCUUUUUUAAUCAUUACUGUGCCAUUUAGUAAAAACUAUUUUAUGUAUUAAAAUAUUUUAAGGGGUCCUAGGUUUAAAUUCUUCUCCCUCCCUCUCCCUUGUUAAAAUAUGAAUUAAUUUAUGAAUACCUAUUCCAUAUUUAUUUUUAAGUAUUUUAAUAUCUUUUAAACAUUGUCAAACUUUAACAAAAUUAGUGAAUAUAUUUUAUAUUAUAUUUUAUUCCUUAAAAUAUAUUAUUAUGAGUAGAAAGAAAAAAACAUUCCAAAAUAUUAAAUAAGAAGUUAAAUUGGGAUUGUUAUCCACAUUAUUCUCUAGCGGUUGUGAUAAAACAUUCAGUACCUUACAAAAUAAUCCAUAUUAAAAAUUUAUAAAAACUUUUAAUGCCCUUUUUGCAACAAAUAAAAUUGUUAAAUAGCUUAGUUAUUUACUUAUUGAAAUGAGUUUUUAUUUUUUAAGGGGUCUUGGAUUUAAAUUUUUCCUCAUGUUAAAAUAUGAAUAAAUUUAUGAAUACCUAUUCUUUAUUUAUUUUUAAGUAUUUUAGUUUGUUUUUUUUAAAUAUUGUCUAACUUUAACAAAAUUAGUGAAUAUAUUUUAAUGUUAUUAUAUUUUAAUAUAUUUUAUAUUAUAAUAUUUUAUUCCUUAAAAUAUAUUUUAAUGAGCAGAAACAAAAAACAUUCCGAAAUAUCAAAUGAGAACUUAAAUCAAGAUUAGUACUCAUAUAAUUCUCUAGUGGUUGUGAUAUAACAUUCAGUACCUUUCAAAAUAAUCCACAUUUAAAGAUUUUUAAAAACUUUUAAUGCCCUUUUUGCAACAAAUAAAAUUGUUAAGUAGCUUUGUUAUUUACUUAUUGAAAUUAGUUUUCGAAGUUUUUAUUGUUUUAAGGGGUCUUGGGUUUAAAUUCUUCCUCAUGUUAAAAUAUGAAUUAAUUUAUGAAUACUAUUCCCUAUUAAUUUUUAAGUAUUUGAGUAUUUUUUAAACAUUGUCAAACUUUUAACAAAAAUUAUUACAAUCACUUUAAAAGAUUAGAAAUGUUUUUAUCCUUAUAAAUUAGAAUUUGUUAAUAACAGUUCCUGGUCAAAUUAUUCAACACACUACUAUAAUCUUAAUUAUGAGGUGAUACUAUGCAGCUUUAUUGUUUUUAUGCGACUGAAACCGGUUUGCACUUCUUUAAGUUCAUGUAUCAAUUGAUUAAAUUAGUUGAUGCAUAAUACAAAUUCGACAAUUGGAUAAAUUAGACAAAAUAUUAUAUAAAUAUAGAAUAUAUAUUAUAUCAGAUAUUAUAUUCUAAUAAUUAGAUCAAAUUAUUCGACACGCUGUAGUUUUUUAAUAGUACAUGUUUUGCAUCAGUUUAUAUGCAAUACUUUUAUAUUUAAACAUAAAUGUAAUGGGUUUUUAUUCAGGAGAUUCCUUACAUACUUCCUAUUUAUAUUUAUUUUUAACGUAUUCCAUUACAAUGUUAACCAAUUGAUGCACAAACGUAAACAAGUGCAAACCGGUUUCAGCAGCGUAAAAACAAUAAAGCUGUAUAUUAUCACCUGAUAAUUAAGAUUUUGCAUAGAAUCUUAUAGUGUGCCUAAUAAUUUAGCCACAGACUGUAUGUACCUUAAAAUAUAUUUUAAUGAAUAAAAACAAAAAAACAUUCCAAAAUAUCAAAUAAGAACUUAAAUAGGGAUUAGUAUUCACAUAAUUCUCAAGAGGUUCGUUUGGGGGAGGGGGAGUAGAAUCUAUCUCUUGUGCACCCUUAGAAAAUCUAGUUAACUCGUUUGUCUGCUAUGUCAGUAACAAACUGGUUUGGUAAAUAUUAUUAUUCAUUCUCUCAAGAAAAAUUAUGUACUCUUUCGAGCACAUUACAACUAACAGAGCAAUUUGAAGGUGGGAAAAAAGAUUGUCGUUCACUUUAAUUUAUUUUUCUUCUAAUUUUAGUUAUUUUUAAAGGUAAUUAUUAUAUACUUAUAAUUUAUGUUAUUAAUUUGCAAUAGUAUGUAAAGCAUAUUCAUUGUAACGCUGCUGUCAUUCAGAACAUACAAAAUGAGAAAUAAUUAAAGAGUAUUAAGUGCAAAGAGGUGGGAAAAUGUUUCAGUUGAAAAUAUGUGACAAGUUUUUGCAAUAACUUUAAAUAGUAACACAAGUUAUUUUUAAUUUAAAGUUCACUCCUUAAAUGUUCACAUAAUAAUAUUUAUGUAUGUAUCAUUAUGAAGUGUAAUAAAUUUUGGAAGAUAUUUUUCCAUGUUAA